CUGCACUCUUGGAUCUCAGUCAAACUUUCAAGUUUCGCUUGGUCUGUGAAAUCCCCAGUGAGCGAAUAUCUGCGAUAGUUUCCCGGUGCUCUUGUUGGGAAAUGGAUAUUUCACAAACGUCAAAUGGAUUUUCCCCCUCGUCGAUUGGACAUUAUGAACUUUUCUUAACCCAAUGAACAGAAAGGAUUAUGGGCAAAUUCCAGUCCAAACUUGCUUCGAAACGUAGACAGAGUCCUGAAGGUAGCAGCACAGAUACUGUACAAACAUUAAAUCUCCAAUGUGUUUGUACAUGUGUUCAUACAUUUAUUCUUUUAUGCUCUGCAGGUGGUAGUUUGGCUUCUAAUGUGCUGAGCUGUCAAAGGGAGCUGGAGCGGAUCCACAUCCACAAAACCAAACUGACAGAGAACUUGUACGUAGAAUUGAGGGAAAACAAGUCAGCCCAAAACUGCAACCUUAAAGUGGUUCUGCCACCACAGACAACACCUGGAAGAGGGCACAGCAUCCACUUCCAGGUCAAUAAACAGACAAAGAAGAGGAGCUGCAAUGCUGGUGUCACAGAGUGUAACGUGGUGCUCAAUGAGGACACUCAGCAGGAGUGGGUCUUCACACUGUACAACUUUGACAACAGUGGGAAGGUCACCAAAGAGGACAUGUGCAGUCUGAUACACUCCAUGUAUGACGUUCUAGAGGCAUCAGUCAAGCUGUCUUACAGUGGCUCUACACCCCUGAAGAUAAAGCUACUUGUAACUCCAACUGCUGCAGAAAAGACCUCACAAAUAGCAGAGAGGCAGCAGAGUGCGUCUCAGGAGGCAGGAACACCAGAGAGAAGACUUUAUUGUGCAGAUGAAAACAUAGAGCGCAGAAACCACUACCUGGAUCUAGCUGGCAUUGAAAACUAUACCUCCAAGUUUGACAAUACAGAAUUUCCCUCCCAGGAGCCCAAACAGGAUGAUCACUCUGCUCUUCAGCACCACCCUGUGGUAAUCAGAGACAACUGCAGCUCCACUGAGCCUCCCAGAGGCCUCUCUAUCCCUCAUUCCCUGAGAAAUAAGGCCAUGUCAGUAGGGAAAGACAGGAAAGGAGGAGAGGGAAAGUCCUGCAGGUUACAUGGCCAGCACCCUGCUUCCUUGUGUCUUCCUUCCCAGUGUCAACCUGCAGCACAGCGUACUCACAGCAAGAGGCUUCGCUCCAGGGCACAAGAGGCUUCCUCGCACCUUAGGCCCACACCAGGGGGAGAUAAGGAACUUUUUUCCCACCUUCAGCCCUCCUGUGGCACCCUGGCCUCUCCAGCCCAGAGACAUGAGCACCAUCACCACCAUGAGCACCAUCAUCAUCAUUACCACCAUCACUACCACCCUUCAUAAAUGCAUUUUAAGCACAUAUGAGACAGGUGAGAAGAGGUGGUGUACUGAUAUAUGGGUAGUUUUGGAAUUCACCUCAUUUGCAUUAUAAGGUAUUGUUAUCUAAUGCAAACAAACCCUGAAAGAUUACCUACUCUGGAUCCAGGAAGAACAGUUCAGUGUUAACUGAAUGCUACUUAUAUAGCUUUAGAUUGACAGGUUCCUCUCAGGUUGAUUGUCACUUAAGCUUUAAAAUUAUUUUGAUGUACACUUUGUAGAGAAACAUAGCUGCAUUUUAACCUAAAACAUGAACACUAACCACCAUUGCAUAUUAUCAAUGUAUUUUCUGUUUGAUAUGUUAAAAUAAUGUAGAAAUAUACUGUGUCUUUAGUUUAAAAAAAUGUGUUUUAUCCUGAAAUGGUCCCAUCUUUGCUUCCUAUAUUCAAAUUACAAUAACAUAAAGUUUUUUUUUCUUGUCUUUCUUUCAUGCACAGUCGUUUUCUGGCCUGAAUAUGUUGUUUUGAAUAAAUUGUAUUUUUCUAUA